GUCUGCCUGCUUGCCACUGUUUGCCCGUUGUUCGUGUUCAUCUUCUGGUUUUCUUCCUGUUAAUAAUUUUCAUGAAAAAUAACGGAAAAUGCCGACUAACUGUAAUACUUUGUGUUAGCUAGAUUUAAAUAUGAUUGAUUUCAAGAACGUUAUGUGCUAAGCUGUUCGUUACUGUGUAUUAUGUGUAGUAAACUAAUCAAGGCAAGGAUGAAGCAUACUUUUGCUUUGUAGUAAUUAAUUAAAUCGCCAGUCAGGAUGGAGCAUGCAGAUUUAGUGUCUGAGAUGGCUCAGGUGGAGCAUCUAACUACCCAGGAAAGGCUUCACCUGGCUAGAAGACGCCGCAUGCAGCAACUAAAACUAUGGCAGCAAAGGGAAAAGGAGUGGGCGCGAACGCGGGCGAAACGAGAAAAGAGCAACAAACGUAGCAUAUACUUCAGUGAUAGCGUCAUGCUGCUAGAAGCCGCUGCGAGGAAUGACAUCGACGAAGUGAGACGAUUACUCGCCCGCGGCGUUACUCCCGACGCUACGAACGAGGACGGCCUAACCGCUCUCCACCAAUGCUGUAUAGACAACAACGAAGCUAUGAUGCGACUCCUUCUAGACCAUGGGGCAAACGUCAACGCAGAGGACAGUGAGAAGUGGACACCCCUACACGCUGCAGCCACUUGCGGGAACCUAAACUUAGUUAGAAUACUAAUACAACGCGGAGCUAACCUUCUCGCUGUGAACGGCGAUGGAAACAUGCCAUACGAUAUCUGUGAAGAGGAAAGGACGUUAGACGCGAUAGAAAGUGAAAUGGCAGCUAGGGGUGUCACGCAGAGGUUGAUAGAUGAAACGCGGGCGGCCACUGAGAUGCAAAUGUUGAUGGAUGUUGCGGAACUAGUGAAGCAGGGCAUGGAUUUGGAUGAGCCUAGGGACAACCAGGGUGCGACGUUGUUGCACGUAGCGGCCGCCAACGGGUACAUCAAAGUAGUAGAGUUCCUGUUGGAGCAUCGCGCUUCAACGGACGUGGUAGACCACGACAUGUGGCAGCCAGUCCACGCCGCCGCUUGCUGGGGGCAUUUGGAAGUUUUGGAACUGUUAGUACAAUAUGGCGCUGAUCUCAAUGUAAGGAAUAAGCACGAUGAAACGCCGGCCGAUAUAUGCGAAGAGGGCGAGAUGCGCGGGCGCAUCUUGCGGCUGGCGGUGGAGCAGGAGGAGGUGCGACGUCGCGCCGCCAGCGCGGCCGGCGAGCGACUGCGGGCGGCGAGGCGGUCCUCCUCCACCGCCUCUACUAGCCGAGUGCGGUCGGUGCGGCGAACGUCGCUCCGAGAGAAACAGUUAGCAGCGAAAGCUGAUGCGCGAGGCGAAGCGAGGCUGCGGGAGACCUUCGACUCCGCUGUCGACGACGAAUAUCAGGGUCUAACAAACGGGGUCGAAAAUGAUCAAAACACAGCCAACGUACCAGCCGAUUUGUCUCACACGCGGCUGUCCAUCAGUUCAACUACGUCCAACCAGAGCUACGACUCUGGCAAUGUAGACUACGCCUUACCCAAACAUUCCUACAACCAGAAGGGCUCACUGAGAACGAAUGACGCUAUCGACUCGAACGAUAACUUGACCUUCAACCAACCGAAAAUAUCUAACCCCCUAUUCGGAGUGAACGCCGCAUCGCACUACUCACCAGGCCCCUUACACGAAAACGAGACAAAACUUUUCGAGCGCUCGUUGCCCAACGGAGUCAGAAAGGCGCCGGAAGGUCAAGACAACGAAGGGUACAAAACGGAGGACGCGAUUGACGGUAGGAAAGAGUUGGUAGUGAACCCCAACCCGAUCGCGAUCGCUGAAGGCGGCACCGCGACCUACACCACAGACAAUAAUGGUAAAAUCAAUGUUCAUGUCACCGUCAUGAUUAACGCAGGCACGUUAGCGGAUUUAAAGAAGCAGCGUGCUCAGAUACGAACAAGCGGAAGUCCAGUCGAGAACAGUCUAAACUCGACGACCAAUCACAGCCUCAACUCGAUACCAGAAGGAAAGCCGGACACACAAAUACAGAUAAGUCCACCGACAAUAACCCCCGGUACAGCAAUCGUCCCGAGAUUUUCAGGCAACACUAGCGAAGUGGUCGGGGACACGAAAUCGCGUCGAUGCUGUAUUAUAAUGUAAUUUUUUUUUUAACUUCUAACAUCCCAUCACUAUCGUAUGAAACCAUUCGAUGCGUACAAGUCUGAUAGUCAUUCCAAAAAGUUAUUUAUUCCGGGUUCAUCUAGGUUACGUUUGAGGUGGGAGUUUUAAUGGCGGACUACUAUGAUUUCAGCAUCGCUAUUUCUGCGAUUAAUCUAAAUGGAAGUAAAAGUUUUAUAGUGGAAAUAUUUUGAUACUCGUUUGAUUUGAUUGUUUUGAUUUUAAAGUGUUAGAAAAUGCAGUAAGGGCCGGGGCACACGAACUUCUACGAGUAAGUGCUAUAAAGUUUUUUAUGAAACUCUUAGUUGUGUUUUGUGUGAAACAUAUUACAGUAAUUCCGUGCCGUUGCCAUGGAUUUUUACUAUGCACAAAACAAUAAAUUAAAAAUUGGUAUUUUGGGGAAAUUUGCAUUUAUUUGUCCCUUAAACAAAUUAUUUAUUUGUAAUUUCGUUGGAAAAGCGGUUCUGCAAUCAUUUUUAUUUAUAACGAAUUGGAUAAACAUUGCCAUUUUUGCUCACGAAGCAAGGGCUUGCCAAUACGCUAAGAGACGUGUGAUAGUAUAAGAGCUCAAUCGUUAUGUAGAAAAGUAAAAUAUGGUUGCUAUUAUUUUAUACAUAAUAUUAUAGUGAAAAGUAUUGUAUGUUAGUUUAUCGUAGUUUAUUAUUGUGUUAUGAUAUCAUUUCCUAUUUUCCUAGUACAUUCCGUUGUUUGAAAUCCAUAAAAUAUUUAUUUCGAAAAAUAGUCGCUUGGGGAACAAUACCGCAUUAUUAUUUUAUAAUAGUUGUUACGUUACGUUUCGCAUUUAUGGUAUUUUAUAACUGACCGCAGUCUCUGACAUUUCUUUGUAUCAAUUUCUUUAUAAUUGAAUGUGAUUUAAUUUUAAUAUCUUUGAAAUUUACCUUAAUUUUUAUGUAUGAAAAUCCAAAAACUUGUGCGGUAUUAUUUCCUAAGUUAGUAUACAAUCAAAAACGCUGGUCGUAAUACGUAUAAAGCAUUCCAUGUGAUAAAAUAUGAGUUAACAAUAAAAUUAAGCAAAAAGACGAUUACAGAUUUCAAUCAGUUUCAUAAAAUUUCAAACGAAUUUUAUUAAAAUGAUUGUAUGACAUUAUUUUCUAUAUUACCUAAUAACAUUUAAAGUUUUCUUGUAUUGAAAUGUAAUUAUUUUUAAGUUUACAUAAUUUCGCGAUUUUAAAAUAAUGCCAAUACUUACACCUUUACAUACUUAUACAUACAUUUACAUGUCUUUUUUCGUGUCAUAUACUUAAUGCCUUCAAAUUGAAAGUUAUGAAAGCCUGGUCUGGCUUUGUACAGUAAUUCAAUGCAAUUUUACUAUAGGAACUUUCAACUUCCAGUUAUAAUAUUUGAUAAAUUAAUUGUACAUCAUUUACAGUUUUCGAUCGUACAUUUAAAUAUUUGGGUGUUAAUGGAAGAAACUUUUUAACGUUUUUGUACUUGUAUCAAAUUUUCCGAAUAACUUGGUAGAUAUUGUCUUAAAACAAUUUCUUUUCGACCAGUUUUUAAAAAUAUUCAAUAUCAUCUUAUACAGAUAGAUUCUUUUUAAAAACAUUUGUGUACUUAGCAAAAAAAAAAACUUUGUUUUCAUUGCCACGUUGAAUAUAUAUUUCAAUCUUCUAAGACUGGAAUUGUUAUGUAGGUAUAUCUUGUAUUGUUAAACCGAU